GGGACGCUAAGGGUGCCCUCGCUGUCCGGGACGGUAUAUCAUACCAAGAUCCGUAUACAUUGCUUCCCCUCUCCCUCCUUACCGGUCUGAUGUGGGCAAGCCGGCUUGAAGCUCGGGUGCGUGACAACUAAUCUUGCAGACAAAGGCCCUAUCUUGCUUUCUUCGGAAGUUCCUCAUGUACAUUGACCCUAUAAGAAGAUGUGCUCUUUGAUCUUCCUAACUUUCCAUCCGACACCAUGGGCAACCGAUUCAGCUCGAUCGCGGUAGGGAACAAGGUCACAGCCGAUCGUAGACGCGGCUCGGGUCCCAUUCGCACCGCCAGAUCCUCCGAGCAUCGCACCCUUCCCUACCCCAAACAAUCGCCGAAGAGGGCCGAGCUUGCACGUCGAGGAUCCUCGCACGCGUCCUCUCCCUCGAGCUCCGCGCGCCUUACUCGAUUUCGAGACGACCCUCUGGAUGCAGAAAGCAGCGCUUCCGACAUCGAAGAGGGAUGGGACAGCCAUACGACUGUCAUACGCCCUGUGAACCAGAGCUCGGACAACGCCGCCCACGAUGGGCGGAACUCGAGUGCUGCUCCUCCAUCGUGCGUCUCGACUCUGCCUGCUCCGACGCGCGACUCUAUCGCGCCUCCUAGAGCACACCGCUACACAGCGUUCCUUCACAUGCCAAUAGAAUCUCCGCCCAUAUGCAUUCCCUUGAAUCUCAGGCCGAUCCCCUCACUGCCCACGCACUUCACUUCGACUCAUACGCACAUUCAUGUGCAAGUCGAAGCGCGGACCACUAGCCUUCCCCCACCACGCGCGCAUGUCUCUCGGGAGAGCAGCCCCGACUACGAGCUGUUGAACCCGAACACGCAAGGGCAGGCCGUCUGGGAGAUUGAAGAGGAGGGAAGCCAUGGCGUUGCAAUGACAGAAGUGAGCGAAGAAGGCGGCACAUCCCGAGAGAUUCCGUCAAUCCAAGUCAGCGCUUGCCCAAUUUCGCACGUUAGUGGUAGUACCAUCGAAGCUGGCUUCAUUCCGCCUCAAUUCCCAAAGCCGGUUAGCUCUCCGAACCCGGAUAGCGUGCAAGACAAGAUCCCAAAGCCACCCGGAGAGCCUGGUAAACCGAACAGUGGAGGGUACAAUCUUCAGGAGGCCAUGCGACUGGAGCCAGGUCAUUUUUGCACUGUUCGGACAGGAAUGAAUAACCUGGUCAGAACCUAUCUCGACACCGUGCGGAGCUUCACGAAGCAGACGGAGGAAUGUGUGGCAGCAUAUACGGUGGAGGCUCUCAGGAGCUUUCCCCUACUAGAGGACUACGAGGAUCGCUGGCCGAUACGAGAUUUUGCGAGGAUGCACCUGCACUACCUGCAGAACAAUGCGAGGAGGCAGGAGGAGAGACAGGCGCUGGAAUUGUCGAGGCGCCGUGAGAUUGAGAAUGAGGGCGGGAUUGUAGAGGAACAGCCGACUUUGUAGGCGUGAUUUACAUACACACCGAAGAGUCUCAUCUGGGGAUGCAUAUAAUGCUGUGUGCACUUUCCAAUC